AUGGCAGAGUAUUAUGGUGACAUCUGCGGAUUGCUUCAAGACGAGCGUGAACUGACGCAGAGAACCCCACACACUGCGGCUGACCUCUUGGCACAGGCCCUCCCUUUCAUGUCGUUUGUCACGGUAAUUGACGAUCCAAUCUCAACCGAAGACGAAGCAAAAGAUGACGAAGAAGAAGAGAUGCAUAUGUCCCAGUCUACCGGAAGACUUGGGACCUCCAUGUCCAAGGCUGACUUGCCGUACGAAGCUCACUACAAUAAUGCCCUUGGUACAGUGCUAGAACACACACUCGGCUACCAAGUGUCACGACCUGAGAAUCCACUCACCGGCAAAACAGAUGGGGUCGCUAAAUACACGCAGCGUAAAACUUGUGCACUAGAGGUUAUCAUGGCAGUUCGUACACAGCCAGAACACGACGAGCAUGCUUCGCGCUUCAGCAAUUCAGUCAAAUCAAAUUACAACAAGGCGGACCUCAAAGGAUUGGUCAUCAUUGGUUCAAACAAAGGAACAGUGCUUAAACGCGUCAAAGAAACGACAGGCAAAACCGAAGAUCAGACAUCAGAGCCUGAUGGGCUUGAAAUUAUUGGUGUGGUUGUGUCGCCUCCCCAUGACACUUAUGAGGUCCAAGAGUCUCAAGCCACAGGUCAAAUUAAAAGAAGAUCGUGUUGUUGCUGUCAACCGGUUGAAGCCACACAUGAAGAGAAGCUACUGUAUCAUGAAGCAUAA